GCCAUCUGGUUUAUUAUGAUUUGAAAUUAUACAAUUUAUUUAUUUACAAAAAACAUAUGAUCCGCCGUGAGCUCUCCGUUGAUACCGAUAAAAUCAAAUGUGCACAGAGGUCGACGUGUUCAUAACAAACUACACGUUGGUCGAUCCCGACAUUUACCAGCUAUGGAUAGAUGGUCGUACAGCCAGCGAAGCCGUAGCUAUCUUAAAUCAGCAGGGCCUCGGCCAACAAACCGGCGCCUCGCUCGAGCUGAUCGCGAGCGAUGUCCUCGACCAUUAUCGUACCUAUUCACUGUUGGAGAAGCUUCUCACUCAUCCGUCGAAGUUACAGGAACAGUUGGCGUUUCAAAUUGAGCCGAAAACUCAACAAUUGUUAAUUGAGAAGUAAGUACCUACACACGUUGUCGCAAUGUGAGAAGACACGUUGCGGAUCUUGCAGAUUUCGCUUAUCCGCUAAUUAUUUUGAAUAGUUAUAGUGCGGGAAGAGAUUUUGUUUCACUUGGCCUAAAAUAGGUGGAUACAUUGCUCAAUUUUAUACCACCCACACCAAAAAAUUUAUU